AUGUUCGCGAAAGGCCCGGACGGGCUCGGCGACGAGGAGGACUGGCGGCGCAGGGCUCUGGCGGGCGCCGUGGGAACUCCGGCCGCGGGCGGGGCGGGCGGGGGCCCUGCGAGCGCGCGGGCAACCUCGCGGGCGAGCGGGCGGGGCGGGGCGGUGUGUGCGGGCACCGGCGGCUGUGGGGUGGGCGGCGUGGCGUCAGCUCUUUCGUCAUCUACGUCAUUCUGCUGCUGCCUUCGCGGGCCCCGGAGAGCUGGCCCGGGGCAGCCCUUCAGAGCCCCGGGAGCGGGUGGGCAGCCUCCGAGGACGACUGGGGCUCGGGGAGCGCGCGCCGAGUUCCGGGGACCGCGGCCAGAGGCAGCGGCCGGGCGGAGAGGGAGCGCGGCCCAGGGCAAAUGCUCUGCCAGAUAUUGGAAUCUUGUUCCUGAAAUCAAUUCCAUCCGUGGACAGCUGGAUCUCCUGUGGCUGGGACCCACACAUUCAUUGAGACACUGGUGUCGUGUCAUGGAUCUCCACUCUCAACCCUGGCGUCUAACACACGAGCCAAGGACUCCCUAGAUGAAGGUAAUGAUUUCCAGGGUCCCCCAUGU